UCAUUUGUGGGGUGGGGAGGAGGUGUGGGCCCAUUUUGCUGGCUGACUGCAAACAUACAGCCCGUUUAGUAGCAGGGUAUGUGCUGCUGAAGAUGGAAGGUUACAAAAGUUUUCUGUUUUUCCUUGUGUCUUCCUUGGUCUUAGGAUUCACGCUGGUCAUCUUCGCUUUGGUCUGGGUUUUACACUACAGCGACGGGCUGGCAUGGGACGGAGGCAACGCUGAAUUUAAUUGGCAUCCCGUAUUAAUCAUCACAGGCUUCAUCUUCAUCGAAGGGAUCGCCAUUAUAGUGUACAGAUUACCAUGGACCUGGAAAUGUAGCAAGCUGCUGAUGAAAUGCAUCCACGCUGGCCUGCACCUUACAGCAACCGUUCUCGUGGUGGUGGCUCUGGUGGCUGUAUGGGAUUACCACAAUGCCAGAAACAUUCCUAACAUGUACAGUCUGCACAGCUGGGUUGGGCUCACUGUGGUCAUACUUUUUUUCUUGCAGCUUGUUGUCAGUAUUGUCGUCUAUCUCCUUCCGUUCACCCCCGUUUCCAUCCGAGCAGCUCUCAUGCCUAUCCAUGUCUAUUCUGGUCUUCUUCUGUUUGGAGGUGUGAUUGCAACAUCACUUAUGGGAAUAACAGAAAAACUUAUAUUUUCAUUGAAAAACCCACCCUACAGUAGCUUUCCACCACACGGAAUCUUUGUGAACACUUUGGGGCUUCUAAUUGUUGUUUUUGGUGGACUCAUUUUAUGGAUAACCACACGACCAGGGUGGAAGAGGCCACCGGAGCACGUUGAGAAAGACCAACACCCAUUUGGUAGUUCUGCCGAUGAGGCUACAACUGACUACAGCAAAGAAAAGUCAGACGUGGAAUUAAACAGUGAAGCCAGAAAAAGGAAUCUGAAAUUAGAUGAGGCUGGGCAGAGGUCCACCAUGUGAUGAUAUUCCAAAGGAAAUAUGUAACGCUCUUGUUGGAAGAGCUUCAGCUGGACCCCAUAAGAAAUAACAUUCUUACAGAGGGGAAAUCAAUCAAAAUUUAAGUUAUGACAUACCAUAGAAAUGUGUCAGUGGAGCACAUCAUGGGGUAAGCAUUCACCUCUGUCGAUUUCCAAAAGUAGAGAGUACCUAGACCGUUCAUGAUGCAUAUGCUCAAAAUCUCUACAGGACCCCAUCUACCUGGGGUGUGCCAAAAGGGUGGCUUACUUAUUUAUUUAUUUUUUGCUGUAUUGAAUCGUGUAGUAGGAUACAUUAUUCCAUCUAGAGGUGUACAGAAAAAACAUAACAUAGUAUAAGUUUGCCACUUAUACAGUGGCGUAGGUCAUAGGAAUCCAAGUUGUGAAGAAUGCUUUUGGAACAGCGCAGUCCCUUGGUUCUGGUAGUAGUUCCAAGCUCAUAGAAUACAUUGAUGUUCUCUUCUGACACGUAUCUGUGCCAUGUCAAUUUUGGAUAGAUUUCUCCAACACUGGAACUACACAGCUCACUUUAAUGGGAGCAGCGCUGCAGUAACCACCUCUAGCCACUACACAGUGGAUGGAGCCGCUCACUGCAGCGCUGCUCCUGUUGAAGUGAGCUGUGUAGUUCCAGUGCUGGAGCUGAUUGGAGGGGCUGCAAGUUGUCAGACUCCCAUGAUCAGAUAGUGAUUGCCUAUUCUAAGGGCAACCUCUUUAAGUGUAUUUUGUGAAUAAAAUGUAUACUAUAUAUGACUUUAUAAAUAUAUCUUGAUCAUGUAUAAAAUAGCAAUUAAUCUACUGUAUGUGCAAAAAUUGAAUUUGCAAUCCACUCACCAAUUAGUAAACAUUAGUUUGUAGUUUUCUUUUUUUUUUUUACCUUUCACAAAUCUGAAAAUCAGUUUGCAAAUUUAUAUUAGCGGUGUAGCAUUAAAUUUGAGAAAAUGUUCUAUUUUAUCCUAGAAACAGUGCCAACCUUGUCCAUGGGCUGUGGCUGGUAUUGCAGUCAGCUCCAUUCAAAUGAAUGUAUUUUUUUGUCUCCGAACAACCCCUUUAAUGGUGAAUGGACUGUAAAAUGUAUAGUGAAUACAUAAAAUUCCUCAUGUAUUAAAACCUUUGUAGUAAAUUUUCCAUUCCAAAUGUUAGCUGCUAGUCUACCUGGACACAUAGCUGGAGUUAAAGUUUUAUUGUUUAUUUUCUUUAAUAAAGUCAUUUUUUGUGAGCUUUCUUACAGCA